ACGAGUUUCAAGUCGGACACAUUCGACGACGCACCACCAAUGUCAAACCCCAGCAAGAGCUGACCCCAGGAUCGGUUCCCACACUGAGGCGAAUCUAACCGGACAAGAUGCGACUCACGUUGCAAAUGUUGAUCUCCCAUGGCCGGGUGGCCCGGAAGAUGGGUCUGGGUCCACAUUCCCGGAUCAACAUGCUGCGGAACAUUUUGACAGGACUGGUCCGACACGAGAGGAUAGAAACCACCUGGGUCCGAGCCGAUGAAGUCCGCUUCUACGCCGAGAAGCUGAUUGACUACGCCAAAAAGGGAGACACAGAUGAGAAGGCAAUGAAAAUGGCAGAUUUUUGGCUGACGGAAAAGGAUCUGGUCCCAAAGCUCUUCAAGGUCCUCGCUCCACGGUUUGAGCCUCAUUCGAAUAGCUACACACGGAUGGAACGCAUCCCCAACAGACAGAACCUGGACAGAGCUAAGAUGGCCGUCCUGGAGUACAAAGGCAACCCCUUCCCGCCUCUCUGUUCUGUGAAAAAAGAUAAUGAACUCACUCUCAUCAACCAGCUGCUCAAAGGCUACAGAGAGGAAAGGGAACAACAGUUAGCUGCAAAAGCUUAAUUACAGUCAUUCGGUGUUGGAUCAGUGGUAGUGGUCACUGAAGGGUGAUGGUUGGGUGCUGAGAAGCUUCUGGGGAGUCACUUGCAGGUGCUGCAGAUUGUGGCUUAUAGAGACUGAUGCAUAUCUUCACCAGAACAACAGUUUCAGCUUCCGAGUCAACCGAAGUGAUAAAAAAAAUUCCAUAAAAGGACAUUUAUGAUGAUUGUGUAUUAUUAAAUAUUAUUUCUUAACAGAA